UCCAGUGACUUUUGGACCAGUUUCCUGACAACAAGUCCCGAAAUCUCUCCAGGUUUUGGACCUUGAGAGCCAAAAUGGGUUGUUUUCGGGCCUGUUCAGGAUGGGCGAGUAUUUUGUUUGUAGUUUUUCUACUGAAUGCGGUCCAGACGGCGACGUCUUUUUCAGCCGUCAAGGAUGUGUCUAAGGACCACAGAAGGAGAGAUAUGCUGGGAAUCUGGUCUCCUCACAAGACCCGUGUGGUACAUCCGUACUUAGAGGCCCUUCGUCAACGGCUCGACAGAUACAGACAAUCAGCUGCCAGAGCACAUGAAAAACAAAUCAGACAAAAUGACUUGCCAAGCAACAUCGCCGAGAGUGUGGAACACUCUAGCUAUAGCGGUGGGACGGAAAGCAAAUCAGCAGUGAGAGAUUUGAACCCGGAGACCCGCCGUAAGCAGCUGGAUAUUCUUCACAAGAUGAAAGACAAGAUUGACAUGAUGGACAGGCACAGACAAGAGGCCGCCAUAGCACAUGAAAAACGAAUCAGACAAAAUGACUUGCCAAGCAACAUCGCCGGCAGUGUGGAACACCCAACAUAUAGCGGUGGGAAAGAAAGCAAAUCAGCAGUGAGGGAUUUGACCAAGGAGACCCGUCGUAAGCAGUUGGAUAUCCUUCACGAGAUGGAAGACAAGCUUAACAUGAUCGACAACUACAGACAAGUAGCUGACAGAGUUCAUGAAAAACAAAUCAUGCAAAAUGACUUGCCAAGCAACAUCGCCGGUAGUGUGGAACAUCCAAGCUUUAGCAGUGGGACGGAACAAAAAUCAGCAGAAGUGAGAGAUUUGAAUGAGGAAAAUCGUCGUCGUAAGCAGUUGAAUAUCCUUCACCAAAUGCAAACCAAUCUUGGCAUGAUCAUGAAAGAGGUCAAACAUGAGAUGGAGGAAAAGAAAGGUGCAGUAAGUGAAUCUCAGGAUAACGCAAUCGACACCGAUCAUGGCAAAAGAAUCACCAUUCAGCUUGCUCCCGAUGGUGGCGUUAAAAUCGUUCCUAAAACGCCAACGACGGAGGCUCCAGUCGUAACCAAACCGACAACAAACACGACUGAUCAGGCUAACACUACGGAGCAACACCUGUCUAAGCCUAGCCAAACACAAACAGUAAAUGAGUCGUCCUCUCAAGCCAAAAAUACUAGUGGCCAAAGCUUAUCAGGCGCCAGCCAAUCAACGGCAAACAAUAUAUCGUCUGGAGCAGACCAAAGUGCCAUUGGGCGAAAUGUCACACAGGCCAGCCAAUCAUCUUCUACUAACGUUUCCUCGACAGCAGCACAAACCGCUUCGAGUCAAAACACCUCACAAACCAGCCAAUCAGCAGCGACCAAUGUAUCGUCUGCAGCACCUGCAACUCAAACCGCUGCGGGACAGAACGUGUCACAAACCAGCCAAUCAGCGGCUAGCAAUGUAUCGUCUGCAGCACCUGCAACUCAAACCGCUGCGGGACAGAACGUGUCACAAACCAGCCAAUCAGCGGCGACCAAUGUAUCGUCUGCAGCACCUGCAGCUCAAACCGCUGCGGGACAGAAUAUGACACAAACCAGCCAAUCAGCAGCAAGCAACGUGUCGUCUGCAGCAUCCACUGCAGCUAAUACCGCUUCGGCACAGAAUAUUUCACAACCCAGCCAAUCAGCAGCUACAAAUACGUCGUCUGCAACAGCUGUAGGUCAAACCGCUUCGGCACAAAAUGCCUCACAUGUUAGCCAAUCAGCAGCAAGCAACGUGUCGUCUGCAACAUCCACUCCAGCUAAAACCGCUUCGGGACAGAAUAUCUCACAAACCAGCCAAUCAGCAGCUACAAAUGCGUCGUCUGCAGCAGCUACAGCUCAAGUCGCGUCGGAAAAGAAUGUGUCACAAACCAGCCAAUCAGUGUCGAGCAAUGUGUCGUCUGCUGCAGCUGCCACACAAGCCGCUUCGGGACAGAAUGUGUCACAAACCAGCCAAUCAACAGCGAGCAAUGCGUCGUCUGCUGCAGCUGCCGCUCAAGCCUCUUCGGGAAAGAAUGUGUUACAAACCAGCCAAUCAGCGGCUACAAAUGCGUCGUCUGCAAUAGCUGCAGGUCAAACCGCUUCAGGAAAGAAUGUGUCACAAACCAGCCAAUCAGCAGCGAGCAAUGUGUCAUCUGUAGCAGCUGCCGCUCAAGCCGCUUCGGGAAAGAAUGCGUCACAAACCAGCCAAUCAGCAGCGAGCAAUGUAUCGUCUGCAGCAGCUGCCGCUCAAGCCGCUUCGGGAAAGAAUGUGUCACAAACCAGCCAAUCAGCAGCGAGCAAUGUGUCGUCUGCAGCAGCUGCCGCUCAAGCCGCUUCGGGACAGAACUUGUCACAAGUCAGCCAAUCAGCAGCGAGCAAUGUAUCGUCUGCAUCCGCUGCCGCUCAAGCCGCUUCAGGACAGAAUGUGUCACAAACCAGCCAAUCAGCAGCUACAAAUGCGUCGUCUGCAGCAGCUGCAGGUCAAACCGCUUCGGGACAGAAUGUGUCACAAACUAGCCAAUCAGCAGCGAGCAAUGUGUCACAAAGCAGCCAAUCAGCAGCGAGCAAUGUGUCGUCUGCAGCAGCCGCAGGUCAAACCGCUUCGAGUCAAAAUGCCUCACAAGUCAGCCAAUCAGCAGCGAGCAAUGCGUCGUCUGCAGCACUCGCAGGUCAAACCAUUUCGGGACAGAAUGCCUCACAAGCCAGUCAAUCAGCAGCUAUCGCAGUGAAGAAGAAAUCACCCGUCGCUCAUUUGGGUGAAGAAGUGGUGGGAUCUGUCCUGACGUCCAUCACGUCUCUGCAGACGGCAGCCAACAAGUUGGACGCUGCCCAGCAGUUCUCCAAUGAGAGCGACAAGUCCGAACUUAUCCGCGCUUUGUUCGUUAUGCAGAGCUCUCAUGGUCAACGAGAGCAAACAACCCAGAAGAAAAUCGACCCCAAAAUGGAGGCGUCUGCUAAAAAGACCUUAAGUAAGAACACCAUGGAGCUUGAAGCCUCUAUGGUUAAAGUCAAGAACCUCAAGGGCAAAGAGUUAAAGGCGGCCAUCAAGAAUCUAGAUGAGAAUCUUAAAAAGGUAGAAAUAUCUGCUAAGAACAGCUCACUGCAGACGGAGGAUGCCAUCAAUAGUAUAUCCAGUUCCCUGAAGAUAGGGGAGACAGUUAUGAUGGCCACUGCUGACAAAGAGGGGCAAUUAGCCAUUGAGACGACCAAUAAUGCUUUAAACAAAGCGCGACAGGGUUUGGAAAGACAGUAUGCAUGGGAGUUUUUCACCGGAUCCCUGACGAAAAUCAAGAAACUUUCAGACGAGAUAGAAAGCUCUUACAAGGUACUACUGAAGGAUUUUGUGACAAAACCAGCAAAGGUUAAGAAACCGUCCACACUUGACAAAGCCUUAAAUUUUGUCCUUGCAAAAGAGAAGAUCACAUUCAAAAGUCUCACAUAGGCGACUUCGAAUCAAUUACCAAGAUGGCAAACACAACUAACUAAUCAAAUGGUCAAGUAACUAGGAGGGAAAGUAGCUUGGUAUCCAGGCUGAACAGCUGAGGCUCACUUCUCAACCAUAAUCCCCAGCCUACAUCAGGCUGUACAAGACUGGAUACCAGGCUAGGAAACAAGGCAUACAUGAAGUAAUUAUUACUAAAAGAAAUCACGAAACAAACUGUACUGUCUCUAGAUAGCCUCACCUUUCCAUCCCCUUCAGACAUCAACGAAGCCGGGUUAUAUACAUGUAGUUUGUUAAUGGUAUUCCUCAUCUAUCAUUAGAUAUUUCUUAAGUUCUAUGAUGUUAUUUUACUGACAUGAGACGAUGGAGGUGGUUGUAUCGUUGAGACUGUAUUAUUCGUGAAUAACUUCAUCAGGUUGGCAGUUAUUCAUAUAGUAAGGUUCUUUUAGCACAACCAGAAAAUAACUU